AUGAGUAAUGAAAAUAAUAUUGAAGUUUCAUCACUAUUGAGUUCAAGAAAAAAAUGUCUCAAUGAUAUAGAAUAUCAUCAAGAAAUGAAUAAUCCAAUAAUGAAUCAAGGAAAAAAACCACGUUUAUCUAGUAAAGAGUAUUAUCAAUUAAAAAAACAAUUACAUGAAAGAAAAAAAAUAUUAUCAUCUACACCAAUAUUAAGUUUAAAAGCUGUUGGUGAUAAUGCCAGUUUGUGUAUUGAUGCUAAAUCAAGAAUACCAAUAUUUUUAAAUGACAUACAACAUUUGUUGAUAUAUUCAUUGUUGGGUCAACAUUCACCAUACUCACCAGAACGUUGGUGUUGUCUUGAAAAAUUCAACAAGGUUAGUCAUACUGUUGUUUUGGUAGUUGAAGGUUUAUCAUUGUUACACUUUAAUAAUAACGAAACAGUAUUUACAAAUGUCAAUAAAAAUUUGGAACAUCGUAUGGAAAUUGUAACACCAGCAACAUAUGGUGGUUCAAUUGUUGAAGAUUUAGCUGCUGUACCAUUGACUGGAACAGAAAAAAAUAAAUUAAUUAAAAAAUUUGGCUCAUUGGAAGCAGCUAUGCAAAGUACUGGUGACUUGGUUAAAUUAUUAAAAAUUGUAUUUCCAAUGAGACCACAAACAGCUCAAGAUGGUAAACUUAUUGAUAGAAAUAUUCUAUCUGAAUUACCAAAAAAUGAUAAAUUUCCAAGAACACAAUUGCUACUUUCACCAAUGCAACUUGUUGAUCACGAUUAUCCAUUGCCAUUACAAGGUGGUCUUGCUGAAAAAUAUAAAGAUUAUGUAUUAACCAAAGAUGAGUAUCUUGAAGCAACACCAAAUUCACCAAUGUUUGGCUUGGAUUGUGAAAUGUGUAGAACAACAUUGGGCAUACUUGAAUUAACAAGAAUAUCAAUUGUUGAUGAAAAUUUGGAUCUUUUUUAUGAGUCAUUUGUUAAACCUGAUAAUGAAAUUAUUGAUUAUUUAACAAGAUACAGUGGAAUUACACCAAAUAUGCUUAAAAAUGUAACAACAAAAUUGUCAGAUGUACAAAAUGAAUUACGUAAAAUAUUACCAGCUGAUGCAAUUCUCGUUGGACAAAGUUUAAAUGCUGAUCUUCAUACAUUGAAAAUGAUGCAUCCAUAUGUCAUUGAUACAUCAGUUAUAUUUAAUUUAACUGGUGAUCGUUAUCGUAAAUCAAAACUUCAAUUAUUAUCACGUGUAUUUUUAUGUGAAACUAUACAAGAUAGCCGCAGUGGUCAUUGCUCCAUUGAAGAUUCACAAGCAUCAAUGAAAUUAGCUAAACUUAAAUUACAAAAUAAUAUUUAUUAUGGUGAUGCUGUUAUGAUGGGCUAUCUACAAUUACAAGAAACAUUAGAUAAUAUUAGAAAAAACCAUCAAAAUAAUAUCAGAAUAAAUAAUCAAGAAAAAUAUGGUGUAUCAAUAUUUAAUCAUUUGACCAAGGUCAAAGAUAUGUCAUCAUCAAUUAUUGGCAAUAAACAAGUUAUGAAUGAAUAUUCAAUGUAUUUAAAAAAUACAAAACUCAAUGUUAUGGAUGAUGCUAAUUUUGAUAAAACUGAUCCAGUCAGAUUGGUAUUAACAGACUCAAAUAAACAAUCAAUAAAAAGAGCCUGUGAAAUAUCAAUGAAACAUGCAUUGACAUUUUGCCAUGUUAAACUAGAUAGUCAACAAACUAAUGAUGACAGUAUUAAAAAAACAUGUAAAAAUGUUGACAAGUGGGUAUCAAAAUUAUGGAAUCAUAUUGCUGAUAAUGGAUUACUUUGUGUUGUUUUUGGUGGUGAAAAAAAUGCUGCAAAUGGAGCAUGUUUUUUAAAUAUUAAACGAAGUGGUGCUGCAGAAAUAUCUGUCAAUGGUGAACCUCAGACUAUCCCCAGUCAUUGGAAAAAUCCAGUACCUGAUGAAAAUAACGAUUACAAAAGACACCAGUACAGUUUUUUUUGUGAUCCGGAGUCAACAAUUUAUUACGAUGAAAACAUUUGUGAUUUACUUGAAACUGAUUCAAUUGACGAAAAUUAUAAGCUCAAUAUUUCCAAUAAAGCUCAAGAGUUUUUGCCAGAAAAUAUAUUUGAUGGAUUUGAUAAGAUAAAAGAACUCUAUAUACAAGAAAAUAAUUUGGAUUACAUAACACCUGGUGUUUUUAAUAAAUUAUUAAACCUCACGUGGCUAGAUUUGUCAGAUAAUAAUUUAGCAUUUUUACUUAAAAAUACAUUUUAUGGACUUGAGUCUCUUAAAACAUUGAAUUUAUCAAAAAAUGAUUUACAAAUGUUUGAUAUUAAUGCAUUUGGAGAUUUGAAAAAUCUUGAAACAUUAUUACUGGAUGAAAAUAAUAUAGACAUUUUAUCAAGUGAUAUACUCAGUGGUCUAGAAAGUCUUGAAAAAUUAUCAUUAGCAUCAAAUGAACUGGAAAAUCUUCAAGAUGAUACAUUCAGUAAUUCAAAGAGGCUCACAGAACUUGACAUUAGUAAGAAUCAUAUAGAAAGCUUGCCAAAUAAUAUUUUUCAUGGUCUAAAUGAUCUUACAAAAAUAAAUAUGUCCUCAAAUAAUUUGAUGAAUCUUGACGAUCCAUUCAAGGGUUUGAUAAAUCUUCGUUACCUUGAUAUGAGCUUCAAUAAAUUAAAGACACUAUCAGUUGAUAUAUUUUCAGACAAUAAAAAUCUUUGGCAGCUCAAUUUCAGUUCAAAUAAAUUGAUUCGUAUUGAGCCUGCUUUAUUUGAUAGCGCAAAAGAACUUUUUUCAAUUGAUUUUAGCAAUAAUAGCUUGACAACAAUUCCAGCAGAUAGUUUAACACAACAUGACUAUCUGAGAUAUGUUUAUUUUCAACACAAUAAUAUUACAAAAGUAGAACGUGGAGCAUUUACAAAACUACAAUUGACUGUACUUAAUAUCGAAUAUAAUUAUAUUCAUAAACAUGAUAUUGAAUCAAUUAGAUUACACACUUGGGCUAAUUAUACAUUAUUUGGUCAUCAAUAUCCACUUAAACUGUAA